UAGAUAAUUUUCUUUAGUGAUUAUCUUGAAGCAAACUAUAUUCCAUAGAAGUUUAAAGAUCCAAACUUAGGAAUGAGCAGCAUAGCUGUUAUGAGGAUUAAGAGAGAGCUCAAAGACGCUGAAGAUGAGAAAGAUUUGUUUAUAACGAUCACUUGUGAAAGUAAACUGACAGAAUUGAGAGGACAGAUAAAAGGCCCACCAGGAACACCUUAUGCUGGUGGAACUUAUGAUUUGGAUAUCAAAAUUCCAGACACAUAUCCAUUCAAUCCACCGAAGAUAAAAUUUCUAACACAGAUUUGGCAUCCAAACAUUAGUUCUGUGACUGGAGCAAUAUGUCUCGAUAUCUUGAAAGAUCAGUGGGCGGCUGCACUUACAUUACGAACAGUUUUAUUAUCCUUACAAGCUUUACUGCAGGCUGCAGAACCAGAUGAUCCACAAGAUGCGGUAGUUGCAAAACAGUUUAAAGAUAAUCGACAUAUUUUUAAUAAAACAGCAUUAUAUUGGGCGCAACAUUUCGCAAAAGCACCAGGGAAAAAAGAGGAAAGUUUUGAAAAACAAAUACGUACAAUCACGGAAAUGGGUUUCUUUCAGAGUGAUGCAUUGCAAGCACUUUCUGCUCAUAAUUGGAAUAUGGAAUCAGCAAUACAGUAUUUAACAAGUUGAUUUUUGAUUAUUAUAUUUAUAAAAAGAUUUUUACGGUAUAACUUGAUUCGUGUUCCAAGACAUUUUCCCUUCUACGACAAAUGUGUGCCACUGUUUCAAAGCAUUGUGGCUAUAAGACACUUCUGCAGUCUUUGUUAUCAUUGGAUAACAUUUUAUGAGGUCACAGUUCUAAUAUAAAAAUUUCAAAUUUCUGUUGAAAGAGAUACGUUUGAAAGUUGAAAGAUGAUUUUUGAGUGGUAUCUUCAGUUGGUCACGCCACCCUAAUAUGCAUUAAAACAUAGUUUCAGACAAUACACAUGAUGUUAUGACUCAGAUUUUGUUUGUCUUGAGUUACGUUUGAGUGCAGGCUAGUGAAUUCAAUAUGAGAACAUGAUGUGAUGUCAUCAACUGAAAAUGGAGUAUUCAAUAGAGUUUUGGUCGGGCAUUUCCUACACUGCUCAUAUUUUCUUGGAGUAUUUCAUUCAUACAUUAAUAUGGAGCUAUAUGAUAAUGAAAAAUCGGACCUCCAGAAGUAUGCGCACCAAGAUGGCGCACAACCUGAACAUAGUAUGUGUGUACCGGUUAGGAUUCAGGUUGUGCAACAUCUUGGUGCGCAUACUUCUGAAGCACCGAAAAAUCAAUUAUUAUUAGAAAACUAAUUGUUCAAAAAACUUGCAUUUAUCAUGACUGACCAGGUCAUAUUAUUUCUGCUUGGUUGUCUUGGGCAUUGAUUAAUUUGAAAGACUGGGCAAUCGAAUGCUAUAUAAAUUGAGUCAAUUCUAUAUCAAGCCAAUGCUUCCAAUAUAGUUUCACAUAUGUAUAUAUUUUUUUUCACUUCGCAGGCUUUAAAAACUUAUAUUUCUAUCAUAAGAGCGAUUUUUCUGCUGCGCGGAUAGUAUAUUGAAAUUAUUACCAGUUGAAAUAGCAAGCUCCUGCUUAUGUAAGAAACAAGUGAUUUUCAAUUAUUGGUAUUUGUCUGUUUCACAGCAUCUAUUACAUGACUCUUACCGUUCAACAUUUCUAUCCUUGCUUUUUGUUUAGUUUGGUUCAUUACAUGAAAUAUACCCAAUUUGAACAGUUUGCCAACAAUUUUCGUAAUGUAAACUCGCUGCAACAUUA